AUGUUCUCAGCUUCCCACAGGGGGGUGAUAUUUCUUGUUGGGAUCUUCCUUUUGGCCAUGACGCUGGACUCGGUAUGGGCCCUCUCUACUCACGCUUCAGUCCAAACAACGAUGGAAGCGACGGCAACCUCCAGUGUGGUAAGUUAUAAAAUGGAGGAGGAUAUUUACCUUCUUGUGCAGGAUAUAGUACGUACUGUAGUUUAUCUUUCUCUGUCAGCCGUGUUUGCUGGAUUAACCAUUGGUAUCAUGUGCAUGGAUGCAUUAACAAUUGACAUUAUAGCAACCAGUGGUGUGGAGCCCGACCGAACGUAUGCCUCUCAAAUUUUACCCCUAAGACGCCAAGGACAUCAGACGUUAUGCACAUUGAUUUUAUCCAACAUGUUGUUUAACGUUUUAGUUGUACAACAAGUAGGUGUGGUUUUGGACCGUGUCCAUGAGCUUCGUGGUUUGGGUUCUAUGGGAGAGGCAUUGAAGAAUAAUGACAAUCUCGCAUCAUUUGUUAUAAGCGCUUUGGCUAUUCUUAUUUUUACGGAGGUAAUCCCAAUGUCUAUCUGUAAGUCGAAGUAUUCACUUCGUAUUGCCGCAGCUGGAUGUAUACUUGUGCGUAUUGCCAUGGUGUUGGUGUACCCCGUUGCAAGAUUUCUUGGGUGUUUACUUGAUAUCUUCGUGCCGCACGACGCGGGACAGAUUUACGACCGCAAUGAGCUACGUAAGCUGAUGAUGCUUCACUGUGAGGCGCAUGGUGACCGCAGCGGCCUCGUUAGGUCAGAGGUGCAGCUUUUGAUGGCCGCGAUGGACUUUCAUGAGCGAAAGGUCUCUGAUAUUAUGACCCCUAUUGAACAGACCACUGUGGUGAAGGCGGAGGAAAUCAUCACUACAAAACUAAUCGAAUGGUUGUGGGCGUGUGGCUGUUCACGCAUUCCUGUGGUGCAGGUGCCAAACAACUACAUUGGUGUUCUCCUUGUAAAGGAUCUGCUGAUGGUGCCAAUGCCGAUUAAUGAUGUGGAUCCCAUUACAAUUGGUGAACUAGUUAAGGCUAAAUCUCGAGGUUUUGUCACUGUGAACCUCAACGCAUCACUGCCGUCACUCCUUCGAGCGCUUCAACACGCCAAAACACACAUGUUUCUUGUCACAAGCGAGGUGAAACUGGAUGAAGCGACCGCCAAAGAAGGCGACCAAGCCAUUGUUUUUCAUUCCCCUAUUCGAAAGUCUUGCUUCGAGAAGGGUGAAAAAAUUGUGGGUAUUGUGACUCUAGAAGAUGUCACAGAGGCGUUGAUCAAAGAGGAAAUAUACGAUGAGUAUGACAGCCAUGAAUUUUCUGUGGACGAUUACUCGAAUUGUCUCUGUGCCUCUGUGAGUAUUCAUACAGAAGGGAUACUCAUGCCUCUUCAAGAACCAAAACGGGUUCCUAGGGCAAAUUUUUACUCCUAUUACGUUCAUAAUUUGCAAAAUAUUGCUUUAACAGAAUCACAGGUGUGGUCUGUUGCGUACUAUUUAACUCGAACUGUAACUGCCUUUUUUUUGUGGCAUCCAGGCUACGUUAAAAUGCUCUUGGAUGAAUGUGGUGAUGAGCAACUUAUUCCGCUUGCGACACCUGUUGCAGAGGAGGCCUCAGUGGAAGCCUCACGAAUCAGUUUGCAACAUUUUUCACCGAGGUCUUCACUGGUUAUGUCUGAGCGAUCUGAAUCAACACGGAUUUCACCAUAUUAUUCAUUGGAGGCCUCCAAUGUGGAUCUUUGCACGAAUCCGCUUUCCGUGGUGCGGGAUGAACGGUUUAUACUAUACCGUGAGGGUGUGGCGACCAAUAUUUUUACGCUCGUGCUUGGCGGCGAGGUCGUGGUCUCUGUGUGUCCCAGCCAUUUUCCGCUUAAGCGACGAAGUUUUCAGUGGUUGGGAGAGGGCGCAUUAACAUCGUUGAGCUAUACCCCUGACUUUGACGCUGUGGUUUUGUCUCCAACACGGCUGUACCGUAUUCCACAGGAGCUGUAUACACGGUACCUUGGCUAUAACGACGUCUAUAGUAAAACAUAUGAUAAAUGUGUGAUGAGUAUUGGAUCCGCAGAUGUGGUUCAACGUUCGCCAACAAAUGUGUCGUUAACGCAACGAUCAGAAGGUCAUGGACAACUCCAGUCUCGAGGUGAUGACAAGGAGGGGUUAUUGCGACGCCGAAACGAAAGCAAUUUAUAUGGAACUUUUGAAUAG